UCUAUUUGAAUGUAUCCUCAGUUUUCUUCAUACCACUAAAUUUGGUUGUCAUAUCAUCUUGGUUAGCAGUUAACGAAGUAUGUUUCUACAUGGUCUUUUACUUGGUUGUGUCUCCCUCUUUGAAGAGAUACCACAUUGUCCAGUGUGCAUGCAACUCAACGUUUAUAUUUGUUGAUCAUGUAACUGUAUUUGUAUAAACUAUAAUGGCAUUCCCACCAUUUUACUGAUCUUGAGACACUGCAUUUACAUAUGUAUAGGAUGUGUAGCUAGAUGCAAAUUUCCUGUUGAGUGUGUAUGCUUUGAUGUUUCAGGAUCAAAGUAUGGCCACAAAACUAUAGCUUCUUGCGAUGCCUUGUAACUACUUCGUUCCCUUUCUGAUUCUGACCUGAUGCAACUUUUCAACAUCUGCAGGCUCCUCAGGGUGGCACUGGCAGGUGGGCACCGCACGAUGCAGUGUGGGGCCUCAGUUUCAGUGAGAUCUUGCUCCGAGUCAUAAACGAAUUUGAAAAAUUUUGUGGCGGGAAGAAGAAAGUGACCAUGGCCGAGGCGCCGCCGGCAAGCGAGUUCGACCACCGGCGAAGGAGCCGCGCUCCCGCGGCUGCCGCCGCCACCGCGGAUGAGGAUGGAGAGGAGCAGCACCUCAACCCGCUUCUCGACGCGGCGCCCCUCGCCUCCUCGAGGGUCCAGUUCAGGAAGGUGGCGUCGCGCGCGCGGUGGUUGGAGGAGGCCGGCGCCGCGGAGGUGGUAGACAGCAAGGGUAAGCUGUGGCUGACCACCGGCGUCACCCGCGGUGGCAAGCUGUACUAUAAUGUCGAGGAGAUCGGGUACAAUAUGGCAUAG